AUGUAUCUUGACAAAGAACCACCGGCAAAGUCAACCUAUCAAACAGAUUACAUAACUCCUCAGACAAAUCGUUACGAUUUUCUUCUAAAUUCGGACAGAAUUCCAAGCGAAUGUGUUAUUGCGCCGGAAGAUGCUGAUAUCCUUAAAUCGAACAACUUAUGCAAAAAUGCUGAUUGGGUUGAUCCGGCUCCUUCAACUUGUCUGGUGAAGCCACGAAUUAUUCCACUGCAAUUUAAUGAACAUCAACUCAACAUAGACAAAGAAGACAAUUCUAAUGAUCUUUUAGUUACAACCUACCAGGUUGAUUACAAUGGUAUGAAGGGUUUUCCAGAUCCCAUGUAUAAACAUGUCAUGCAAACAAAUGUCUUUAAAGACAUUAAUUCUACUAAACGUACGAUUGAAGUAUGUAACGAAUUCGAUGCCAUUGCCGAAGAUUAUAAAUAUGGCGUUAAAACAGAAAUACCAUUCCUGACGAAUGUAUGCAUAAAGGAGAAUUCACCAUUUAAUGUUCCUUUCCGAUGUGGCAAGCAGUUGAUACAGAAGGGUGAUUAUUCACAUUGGCGCAUUAGUUUAUUGCCGAAGCGUAAUACGUUCCCUCAAUAUCUAAAGGCAAUUUCAAGAUUUGGAUGUUUUACUGACCGAACAAGGUUGGAAGAAUUUAAUAGAUGUGGACGAAAACCCAUCGAUCCCGAUGAAUUGUUGUAUUAA